AUGUACACAACGCCUUCGCAGCGCGAGACCGGAGCAUCUUCAGCUAGGUCGGUUUUGAAGUCAAUAACAUUUGUACUUGCAGGUCGAACAACCCUCUCGGAGCACUGCCCCACAGAACACAUCGAAGUUGACUACGCUAUUGCCGAACGCUCACCGUACCUUCGCAUCUACCUCCCACAGCACGUGCGCGAUGACCGACCUCUCCUACCCAUCCAGCUCGGCAACAUCGAUCCAGCGGGUUUCAAGCUUUAUGCCGAAUGGGUCACUACUGGCGUUGUCAAGUUCUCUGAUCAACGAUCCCUCCAGCUGGACUCCUGUAUCGACCUCAUAUACGCGCACAUCGUCGGCUCUGCGUUCUCGCAACCGAACUUCCAGGACUACAUUAUUGACAAGCUAGCGUCUAUUCUUGACCCCGCGCAAACUUUCGACCAAAAGAUUCUUGAAAUGCUAUAUCUGGAGAAGCACGCGUCUACGCUACUGCGGACGUUUGUUACGGACAAGAUGUUCGCAUAUGAUAGGAGGAUGCUGGGUAUGCUACGGAAUUCCGUGGAGGAUAUUGUGACGGGGAUUAGUGAUACAUGGAAGGCCGAGUGA